AAUGGACGAUGUAUUUGAAAAGGCCGCUCGGAGCCUGAUGUCGGUAUGAGGAUAUGCGCAACUAUAUCUAGCAGGCACUGACUUCACCACGAUUGCACGGAACCACUCAGAGCAUACUUCUUGGUGAGGAGGAGUGGUUGUGUCGACCUGAAUAGUGGUGUUGUGUCUGUGUGAGAGCGUGACAGUUAUUUUGACGAACUACAAACAGCCAAGGACAGUUCAACAAGUUCCGCAGGAGUGUUAUUUAUCUAUAAAAAAGACUAUUAUGGACUUUGAUGACUAUGAAACACUUCCAACAAAUGAUGUUGCUACCCAUAUGACGGCGGGAGCCGUCGCUGGUGUAAUGGAACAUUGUGUCAUGUACCCGCUCGAUUCGGUAAAGACGCGGAUGCAAAACCUGUCACCAACUCCAAAUGCUACGUAUAGAGGAAUUAGUGAAACACUAUUUCGCAUGGUGAAACAUGAAGGAGUUCUGAGACCUGUUCGAGGAAUGAGUGCAGUUGUUAUGGGGGCAGGACCAGCCCAUGCGCUAUAUUUUUCAUCGUAUGAGUAUGUAAAGAAGUCUCUCACACAGGCAUUACCCUUCAAUAGUCACGUGGCUGUUGGUACUGCUGGAGUGGCUGCGACGCUCCUGCACGAUGGUGUGAUGAACCCAGCUGAAGUUGUCAAACAAAGACUGCAAAUGUACAACUCACCAUAUAAAUCAUGCCUAGAUUGUAUGGUAAAAGUAUAUCGUGCAGAAGGGCUCAGAGCAUUCUACCGUUCAUACACCACGCAACUGACAAUGAAUAUCCCAUUUCAGAGUAUUCAUUUCAUUAUAUAUGAAUUUGCCCAAAGUUUAACAAACCCAGAAAGACACUACAAUCCAAAAGCUCAUAUGCUGUCAGGAGCCUGUGCCGGUGGUGUUGCAGCAGCUGUAACGACACCACUUGAUGUGUGCAAGACAUUACUCAACACACAACCUGUAGCAGUGAGAGAAUCGGGUUUAUUUCAUGCCAUAAGGACAGUCUACAAGUUGGGUGGUCUGAAAGGAUAUUUCAGAGGAAUCCAGGCAAGGGUCCUCUAUCAGAUGCCAUCAACUGCUAUCUGCUGGUCAAUGUACGAGUUCUUCAAAUAUCUUCUUUCAAAUCCUUCCACUGACCAGCUUAUGACAGUGAUGUCACAGCCAUCAGACAGUCCAGAGAUGGCAUUAGUUGAAAAGCAAGUUCCAAGUGGAUCCAUUGCAGGAGUAGAAAGGUGGGCAUGUGGUGCAACAUCAUCUGUCUCCGGUGCUGGAGUGUAUGGAGCGUAUUCAUUCAAUACGGUCCAUGGCUCCGAUACAUCUCUUCCAAAGGGAAGCUCAUAUCUUGAAAUUGUUCAUAGUUGAACAAUUUCUGUUGUGUUAAUACCUAGAAGUAUCAGUGUGUCAGUGAUUGCAGCUGACAGUGGCCAUGAAGUUGCAGUAUGUACAAAACACUUUCUCUAAGGAUAAGAGCAGGCUUCUGUUUUGGAAUUACAUACAAAAAUUUCAAUUCCUGUGCUACACAAGUUACUGUGUUUAAAAAGUGUUUCUCAUGAUAAUUACUUCUAAAGUCUGAGGUAAUAGAGAGAACUAUUUUGUAAGAGUGGGAAAGAUGGGUUGAGUGUACUGAGAUGUUUAUAUAGUUACUGAUCUGCUGUGCGGAUCUCAUGUGAAUAAUACUUGUACAUUUUCGUGUAAUUUCUGCAUGUUAAUUGUUAUCUCGAUAUAUGAAUAUCAGUGACAAUGUUCUUGCCAA